AUGGCUAAUCCGGGGAACUCGGCACCAGCGUCUGGGUGUCGCUUCGGUGCAACCGCAGCUCUAACCAAGCUACGGGGCUUCCCAUCUGCUCUUUUGGGCAGGCAAAAUGUCGAGAUCGAUCCCACUCCUAUCCCAACCACGACCGUCAACCGUCGUCGGGCGACUAGUGUCGCCGCCUCCCUCGAUCGUGACGAAACGCUCGCAGAGAAGAUCUCCGAACAGCUGGAUCAUGGCGAAGAAGUGAAGGAAACAGAAGAGACGGUCUUGUACCUUGCGUACGGGUCGAAUCUAGCCUCCAAGACAUUCCGCGGCGUGCGAGGGAUCAAACCGCUCUCGCAGAUCGGGGUGUUUGUGCCUGAACUACGGCUUACCUUCGAUCUGCCCGGGGUCCCAUACAUGGAGCCAUGUUUCGCGGGUACACAAUACCGAGAUGGGUCGGAUGAUGAUCUUGAUGUCGAGUCAGACGUGUCGGAGAAGGCGGCGUUGAUGGGCCAAAGCCAGCGGGAGUCAUAUCACAAGCGUCGAUGGAGCGGGCCUCUCGUCGGCGUCGUUUACGAAGUCACUCUCGCGGACUAUGCAAAGAUCAUUGCUACGGAGGGUGGUGGUCGAGGAUACCGCGAUGGGAUCAUUGAUUGCUACCCUUUCCCUGAAAACUAUGAUUCCUCCUCUCCGGUCCCCGAGCAUCCAUCUACGCCAGCUUUCAAAGCACGCACACUUCUCUCGCCUGCUGCGGAUGACGCUCGGCUUCGCUCGCAAUCGCGGAAGGGCGGCGCGGUGGUCGCUAAGCCCGCGUUAUCGUGGUGGUAUACCAUUGGCUUGCACUUCCGGCCUGAUCCUGACUAUGCCCAGCCCUCUGCUCGGUACCUGAAUCUGAUCAAGACCGGCGCUGCGGAGCAUGAUCUCCCCAUCUCGUAUCAGGAGUACCUGGCGCAGAUUAGAACAUACCAUGUCACGACGGGGCGACAGAAGGCCGGGAAGACGAUCUUCCUGGUUUUAUGGGUGCCAUGGCUCCUUUUGGUCAUGACAUUGUCUAGAACCUGUGCUGGACCUGAUGGUCGGAGCCCACCGUGGCUGGUCGCGAUGGCGAAUAUUCUGUUCACCGCGAUGUGGAGCAGCUAUGAUUUGUUCUUCGCAAAAGUCUUUGGGAACGGUGAGCGGACUCUGACUGAUAUACCUGCCUGA